UCCGCCGCCGUGUCCGCGGCAUGGAGGAGCGGCCGCCGCGCCGCUGACCGCGCCGCCAUGGCCAAGAGCCGCGGGGGCGCCGGGCCCGGCUCGCCCGGCGGCCACCACAGCCUGGCCGGCACCCGCGAGAGCCUGGCCGAGGCCCCCGCCGACGAGCUCAGCUCCCUCGGCUCCGACUCCGAGGUGAACGGCGGCGGCCCCGAAGAGCGGCGCGUCGACAAGUUCGGCUUCAUCGUGGGCAGCCGCAGCGCCGAGGGGCCGCUGGAGGAGGUGCCCUUGGAGGUGCUGCGGCAGCGGGAGUCCAAGUGGCUGGACAUGCUUAACAACUGGGACAAGUGGAUGGCCAAAAAACACAAGAAGAUCCGGCUGCGGUGCCAGAAGGGGAUCCCGCCCUCGCUGCGGGGCCGUGCCUGGCAGUACCUCUCGGGGAGCAAGGUCAAACUGGAGCAGAACAUGGGCAAGUUUGAUGAGCUGGAUGUCCUGCCGGGGGAGCCCAAGUGGCUGGACGUGAUCGAGCGGGAUCUCCAUCGGCAGUUCCCCUUCCACGAGAUGUUUGUCUCGCGCGGAGGCCACGGGCAGCAGGACCUGUUUCGGGUGCUGAAGGCGUACACGCUGUACCGCCCCGAGGAGGGGUACUGCCAGGCCCAGGCCCCCAUCGCCGCCGUGCUGCUCAUGCACAUGCCAGCUGAGCAAGCCUUCUGGUGCCUGGUGCAGAUCUGUGAGAAGUACCUGCCUGGCUACUACAGUGAGAAGCUGGAGGCCAUCCAGCUGGAUGGGCAGAUCCUCUUCUCACUGCUGCACAAGGUCUCACCUGUGGCCUACAAGCACCUGAGCAAGCAGAAGAUCGACCCCAUCCUCUACAUGACAGAGUGGUUCAUGUGCGCUUUCUCCCGCACCCUGCCCUGGAGCUCCGUCCUGCGCGUCUGGGACAUGUUCUUCUGCGAAGGGGUGAAGAUCAUCUUCCGGGUGGGCCUGGUGCUGCUCAAACACACCCUGGGCUCCUCGGACAAGCUCAAGUCCUGCCAGGGCCAGUAUGAGACCAUGGAGAGGCUGAGGGCCCUCAGCCCCAAGAUCAUGCAGGAGACCUUCUUGGUGCAGGAGGUCAUCGAGCUGCCGGUGACAGAGCGUCAGAUCGAGCGGGAGCACCUGAUCCAGCUGAAGAAGUGGCGGGAGACGCACGGGGAGCUGCAGUGCAAGUCCCCCCCGCGCCUGCACGGCGCCAAGGCCAUCAGCGAGGCCGAGCCCCCCACCCGCAAGGCGCUGGAACCCACCCCCUCCAUCAUCGUCUCCCCGGGGCCCGCCCCCGUGCCCAAGGCCCGCAAGAGCAAGGAGAAGAGCCGAGAAAAGAGCCCGGCCAGCCCCGCCAACGGCCCUGGAGCUGAGGGCAAUGGGGCACCCGGCUCGACCCGGGAGCUGCUGCACCCCCAGGUCUCCCCCCACCACCAGUCCAAGGAGAGCCUGACCUCCCGGGAGAGCGAGGACACGUACUUGUAGGGUCCGCACCCCGGGCAGCCGGGCUCAGCUGGGCUGAGGACACCGCCGGGGGCUGCGGGGACCCCCCGUGCCCGGCGCCGGGGGCUCUGAGCUGGAGGGCUGGGGACGGGCUGGCCGGCGUGGCUCCCCGGGGCCGCCGGGGUCCCCGUGCGCAGGGACCGGGCUCGAAGGCAGGGGACAUCCGCGGGAGCGUGGCCAGGUGCGGUGACCAAAGGGGCCACCUCGGGGCUUGCGCCGGGUGCCCACCCCGGCUGGGUGCUGGCACCACGAGCGGUGGGAGCCCUGGCGGGAGUGGCUGAGCCACCCACCCUCCCUCCCCACGCCUUUUUGGGGGGGGGGGGGGCUGCAGUGCCCCAUGGGCCUUCUCCCUGCCCCAGAGCCCCUUGACCUGUGUCCCCAGGGUCCCUCCCCCGGCCCCCUCUCCCAGGCAGCCCCAGCCCCCGGUUCCUGAGCACUUAUGCCUGGUGCAGGGGGACUGAGGAGCAGGGGAGCCCCCCCCCUCCCCCCCAUCCCCAUCCUCUUUAUCUAGUGAGGAUAUAUCGAGCUGUAGCCCUUCUGUAGUACCCGAUUUACCUACUCAUUGAGCCUAUUUAUUAUUCCUCCGUGGCAGUAACCGUCGCAGGACAGGGACCGAGGUUGGGAGCUGCAGGCAGGAUGCGCCGGAGGCAGCAGGAUUUGAUGCCAGACCACGACCGCGGGGAUAAGCCCCCACCCCCUCCCACUACACUCCAUCCCUGGGCUCCUCACGGCUGGGGGGGGGGAAGUGUUCACCCUGCCGGGGUGACCCCCGGGCCCCAGUGGAGGUGGACGAGCGGCUGGGUGCUCCCCAGUGAUGGGGUCCCCUCUCUUCCCCUCCUGCCCUCCCCGAGGGCUGGAGGUGGCUUUGUAAAAUAAAGCGGGGAAAAACGGUUUUGUACAAAGGGGUAAAUAAAGCAGGAUUGUGUAAAGGC